CAAAGAAAUAUUGCUGUUGUGUAUAUAAGAGCAAUGUCCACUCCGGGUCUAGGAGCAGACUUAGAUUUGGGGGAUAACCUUAAUGUCUCCCUGACGUCCCUGACCCUCUUUCAGCUCAGGAAGGACGACUAGUGAUAACAUCAAAGGAAGUCAAUCAAUAUGGCCCCUCCAAAGUUCAUGGGCAUGUCCGGCCGUCCGUUGUCGACGGCCGUGUCAACGGUUGCGACAACGGGCUUUUUGUUGUUCGGUUAUGACCAAGGUGUCAUGAGCGGUAUCAUCUCCGCCCCCGCCUUCAACAAGUUCUUCCCCGAGACGGACCGCAACCCCACGAUGCAGGGCUUCGUUACUGCCAUCUACGAGAUUGGCUGCCUGCUAGGCGCAAUGUUUAUCCUCGCUGUUGGUGACAUUCUCGGUCGCCGCCGCGCCAUGAUCCUCGGUGCCCUCAUUAUGGGUCUCGGAGUUGUCAUCCAGAUCGUCACCAUCAAGCCUAGCCCAUCGCCUAUCGCCCAGUUCAUCAUUGGCCGCACGAUCAUGGGUGUCGGCAACGGCAUCAACACAUCCACCAUCCCCACCUACCAGGCCGAGUGCAGUCAAACCUCGAACCGUGGUCUGUUGCUCUGUAUCCAGGGUGGUAUGAUUGCUUUCGGUACUGUCAUCGCCUACUGGAUCGACUACGGUGCCUCCUACGGUCCCGAUGACCUGGUGUGGAGGUUCCCCAUCGCAUUCCAGAUCGUCUUUGCUCUCUUCAUCUCCAUUCCCAUGUGCUUCCUACCCGAGUCGCCUCGCUGGCUGCUCACCCACCAGCGCGUCCCUGAGGCCGACCGUGUCAUUGCUGCUCUCCGUGGCUACGAGAUCGACGGCCAGGAGACCAUCCUGGAGCGCGACCUUAUCUUGGACAGUAUCAAGGCCUCUGGUUUCUCUGGUCAGAAGUCGACUCCCGUCAAGGCCCUCUUCACUGGUGGCCCCACUCAGCAUCUCCGCCGCAUGCUUCUUGGCUCCGGCUCGCAGCUCAUGCAGCAGAUCGGUGGCUGUAACGCCGUCAUCUACUACUUCCCUAUUCUGUUCCAAGAGUCCAUCGGUGAGACGCAUGAAAUGGCGCUGCUCCUUGGUGGUGUCAACAUGAUUGUCUAUGCUAUUUUCGCCACCACCUCCUGGUUCGUCAUUGAGCGCGCUGGCCGACGUAAGCUCUUCCUCAUCGGCAGCAUCGGACAAUGUCUUUCCAUGGUCAUCACCUUUGCCUGCCUCAUCCCGGGAACUACUUCGGCAGCCAAGGGAGCCGCCGUUGGUCUCUUCACUUACAUUGCAUUCUUCGGCGCCACCUGGCUGCCCCUGCCUUGGUUGUACCCGGCCGAGGUCAACCCUAUCAAGACCCGUGCGAAAGCCAACGCUGUCAGCACAUGUACCAACUGGCUGUUCAACUUCUUGGUUGUCAUGGUCGUGCCCAUCAUGAUUGCCAACAUCGGUUGGGGAACGUACCUCUUCUUCGCUAUCAUGAACGCCCUCUUCAUCCCCAUUAUCUACUUCUUCUUCCCCGAGACCAAGCGCCGCUCGCUUGAGGAGAUUGAUGUUAUCUUCGCCAAGGGUUUCUCGGAGAAGACCUCGUACGUCACGGCAGCCAAAGAGCUCCCGUACUUGGCUCCCGAGGAGGUCGAGGGUGAAUCUAGGAAGUAUGGCCUCAUCUCCGCCUCUGGCCAGGAUGCCACUGGAGCCGGCAAUGAUGCCACGCGCCGUAACAGCGAGAAGCCUUACGAGGAUCCUCGUCAAAACAGUAUUUGGGGAAAUGGCAGUGACGAAGAAAGCCAAACGCGCAACACUUCGGUCGCCGAGCCAUCGGGAGCCAACACCAACACCACCAAGCAUGGUUAAGAGUUUCUUGUGAUGUCAGAGAUGACAGGAAAGAAAGAUACACCAAGGCAGCAGCAACUGCCUUCGACAUUUGCAUUUUUGAGAUUCCCAUUUUGUUUUUCUGUGAUACCAGCCAAAAAGAGCGGCUCCAUAGACGGGCAUGUUUUGGGUGUUUUGAAGCAGUUUAGAUUGAUUAGAUCUAUGAAUAUGAUAGAACUCUGACAAACAAGUGACAACUUACACAAUUCAAUGAAUCUACGGCCCGAGCGUAUUUUUUAAUUGCGGUGUUGCGAAUAG